AUGUCGCAGUCAUCAUCUGCCGCCGUCGCGACCACGGCCUUUUCGCUCGGCUUCAUACCGGUGAUGGAGAAACUCAUUUGUAGCGACUUCGCUAUGUGGCGCGCCCAGGUCGAGUCGGCCAUCAGAGGUGCCCAUCUUGGUCGCUUCAUCAAGGCGUCGGCCAAGCCGCCGGCGGAAUUCCUCGAGACCGACGAGAAAGUCGACAAGGACGGCAAGGCCAUUGAUCCGCUGCCCAAUCCAGAGGCUGAACGCGGCACAAUCUCGUGCGCGCGUGAUCACCACCCGUAUGUGCUGGCGAACGCGUCCAAGGGGACGUCGUCGAUCGCCGACUACUUCGCCAAGAUCAUGGGCCUUGCCGAGGAUAUGGCGUCGGCAGGGCGUAAGCUGGAGGACGAGGAACUGGUUUCCUACAUCCUCGCCGGACUCGGCGCAGACUACAACCCCGUCGUCUCCGACAUUGCUACACAGGUUGAACCCAUAACGCCCAGUGAACUCUACACUCAGUUAGUCAGUUUUGAUGAACACAUGGAGCUGCGAGGUGGAGGAACCAACGUCUCGGUGAAUAUGGUGGCCAAGAGAGGCCGCAGUGGGGGAAACUUCUCCAAUCCACAACAGAACCGUGGGGGAGGUGGUCGUGGAGGCGGCGGUCACGGUGGCCAUGGACGUAGCGGAGGCGGCCGCGGCCCUAACUUCUAG